AACCUUCCUUCUAAUGGCGUCCUUUAAGUCGUCCAGGCAAUCCUCUGGCGGAGCUAUUUAUAUAAAUGGAAACAUUUAUACAGUAGCGAGUUCAGAAUGGGAAAGACAGCCUAAGAAGGCUAUGGUAGUGCAAGGUGGUAUUAUUAUUUAUGUUGGCUCUGACGAGGAGGCAAAGCAUUUCUACAAAUCAGGUGAAUAUGAGAUGUACGAUCUAGAUGGAGCUACUGUUCUCCCUGGUAUUCAUGACGUCCACAUGCAUCCACUUGAGUCAGGUUCAGAGGUUGGCGGAACCUGCGAAUUACCGCGCGACCUUUCGCCGGAAGACAUGAUCGGUCUUAUAAAGAAACAGGCACCUAAACAGAAAGGGACUAACUGGGUUCUUGGACAUGGAUAUUCAAUCGAAAUGAUGUUAAAACAUAUUGAAAGUGGUGGAAGAUCUCCUAGGAAAAUAUUAGAUGAAGCAGUUCCUAAUAAACCAGCUAUUAUGAUGGAAGAAACAUCACAUUCAGUUUGGGUAAAUACUCGAGCUUUAUCAUUGGCUGGUAUUAAUAGCCAAACUGUCGACCGAGAAGGUGGUAUUAUAAUGAGAGAAAAGGGCACUGAAGAACCAAAUGGAAUUUUAUUUGAAAAUGAAGGCAUAGAAAUCAUGGAUAUUGCCAUGGCACCUUCAGCAAAAUUGGAAAAAUAUAACUAUGAAGGAUUGAUGUAUGCCUUAGAUCAAAUUAAAAAAUAUGGCAUUACUUCUCUUUGCGAUGCAAGAGUGUAUUGGAAGCAAGAACAUCAUAAAGCUUGGCAGAAAGCAUGUGCUGACAAAAAGCUCACAGUCAGAGCCAUUUUGGGAUUUUGGGUGUAUUCCCAUAUGUGCGAUGAAGAACAAAUUGAGAACUUGAAAGAGCUGCAUACUGGGUACCACUGUGACGAUAACUGUCUUCUACGGCAAAAUCAAAUAAAAAUGUAUGCUGAUGGGCUACUUGAUAAUACUACAGCAGCUGUUCUUAAACCAUACAUAAAGAAACUUCACCUUAGAGGUCUUGAGGAAAAUAUUGGGAUGAACUAUUUCACACAGGCUCGGAUAGAGAAGUACAUCAAGAGUUUGCAACAUUUUUCGGACGAAAAACAAUUUGAUUUUCAUAUACAUGCUAUUGGUGACCGAGCCGUACAUGAGGUUCUAAAUGCCAUAGAAAAUACAAAAGAAAACAAUACACGUCAUCGAAUGACACAUUUAGAACUUAUAGACGAGGGGGAUUUGGGUAGAUUCAAGGAUCUUGGGGUUGUAGCCGAUUUCCAAGUGUCUGGUGAUUACACGCUUCCUUGUGAAAGACACAGCACAGAAUCGGUUGUCGGCAGGGAACGAGCUGAAAAUUUUAUUGCGGUGAAAAAUGUUGCCGACACUGGCGCCACAGUGACCUUGAGUAGUGACUGGGAUGUGAGUGACCUGAAUCCUUUUAUCGGUAUCCAGCAUGCAGUCGAAAGAGGCCAUCAGUCAGUUUCAAUCAAACAAGCUAUAGAAAUGUACACAAUAAAUGGUGCAUAUGCCAUGCGACAGGAACAUAUUGUUGGAUCGUUAGAGAAUGGAAAAGAAGCUGAUUUUGUUGUAAUAGACAGUGAUGUAAUGAAAAUACCCAACUCAAAAAUAAGUAAAAUCAAAAUCAAAAUGACAGUCCUCAGAGGGGAUAUUAUCUACAGACACAAGGGAAAAUAUCCAAAAUCUGCAAAACCAUAAGUUUACGAACUUUAUCAGAAUUCAUUGAGAGCCAAAGGGGAGCAA